AUGCAGAGCAGCCGGCAGAGCAGCCGGCAGAGCAGCCGGCAGAGCAGCCGGCAGAGCAGCCGGCAGAGCAGCCGGCAGAGCAGCCGGCAGUUGGCGGCAAUUGCCCGUUUUAGCCUGGUUGGCUUCUGUCUGGGCAUAGGUGAUAGACUGGAGCUAUAGGCCUUUGUAGGGAUGUCUGAUCUGUCUUAGCUACAGAGUGUGACUACCUAGCAGGGUGUGCUAACAUGACUAACCUAGCAGGGUGUGCUAACAUGACUAACCUAGCAGGGUGUGCUAACUUGACUAACCUAGCAGGGUGUGCUAACAUGACUAACCUAACAGGGUGUGCUAACUUGACUAACAAAGCAGGGUGUGCUAACAUGACUAACUAGCAGGUUGUGCUAACAUGACUAACCUAACAGGGUGUGCUAACUUGACUAACCUAGCAGGGUGUGCUAACAUGACUAACUAGCAGGUUGUGCUAACAUGACUAACCUAGCAGGUUGUGCUAACAUGACUAACUAGCAGGUUGUGCUAACAUGACUAACCUAGCAGGUUGUGCUAACAUGACUAACCUAGCAGUGCGUGCUAACAUGACUGACUAACUAGCAGGUUGUGCUAACAUGACUAACUAGCAGGUUGUGCUAACAUGACUAACCUAGCAGGGUGUGCUAACAUGACUAACCUAGCAGGGUGUGCUAACAUGACUAACCUAACAGGGUGUGCUAACAUGACUAACCUAGCAGGGUGUGCUAACAUGACUAACCUAACAGGGUGUGCUAACUUGACUAACCUAGCAGGGUGUGCUAACAUGACUAACUAGCAGGUUGUGCUAACAUGACUAACCUAACAGGGUGUGCUAACUUGACUAACCUAGCAGGGUGUGCUAACAUGACUAACUAGCAGGUUGUGCUAACAUGACUAACCUAGCAGGUUGUGCUAACAUGACUAACUAGCAGGUUGUGCUAACAUGACUAACCUAGCAGGUUGUGCUAACAUGACUAACCUAGCAGUGCGUGCUAACAUGACUGACUAACUAGCAGGUUGUGCUAACAUGACUAACUAGCAGGUUGUGCUAACAUGACUAACCUAGCAGGGUGUGCUAACAUGACUAACCUAGCCGGUUGUGCUAACAUGACUAACCUAGCAGGGUGUGCUAACAUGACUAACCUAGCAGGGUGUGCUAACAUGACUAACCUAGCCGGUUGUGCUAACAUGACUAACCUAGCAGGGUGUGCUAACAUGACUAACCUAGCAGGGUGUGCUAACAUUACUAACUAGCAAUGAGUACUAGCAGAUAAUAGCUCUGUGUGCAUACAUUUUUACGUAUGGGUGGUCCCGGGGAUCGAACCCACUACCCUGGUGUUACAAGCGACAUGCUCUACCAAUUGAGCUACAGAGGACCAAAUGGAAGAAAUUGAAGAAAAAUGAGUUUAAAAAUAUCUAUAUAUGUAUAUAUUUAGAAAAAAUAAUGGGGGAGGGGGGGACCUAUGAUCUCAAUAUACAUUCAAAUCCCUCAAACCAAAUCGAAACUGAGGAGAAAUGAGAAUCGACCUACAUUGACCGUGUACAACUCGCUAAUAAUCACCUAAAUAAAAGCUAGACAGUCAGGGAGCAUCAAAAAUUCCAAAAACAAUGGAUAGGAGACAAUUUUUUUGCACAUUUUGACAGCGAGGAAAUAUAACACAUUUUCAGUGUGGCCCUCCAGACCUCGUUGAAUGCCGAAUGUGGCCCCGGGGCAAAAUUAGUUUGACAGCCCUAGUCUAGUUCUUCUUAAAAGCUGUACUUACUAUCAAAGUUGUAUCUGUGCCCAGGCCAAUAUAGUUUCUUGAUUGUAUGUAUUUGUGAUCAAUAAUUCACAUCCCCACAGGAUAUUAAGAGUUUAUUUGGGAUACAAUGUAGCUAUAAAGCGUAAUUGGUUUCGGGCACGCCUCCUGUUUUAAAUAGUUAAAUAAAGUCAAAACUACUGCUUGUGAUUGGCCUUUUUUAACACUUGCGUAGGGAGGGAGGUGUGGCUACUGCUUGUGAUUGGCCUUUUUAACACUUGCGUAGGGAGAGAGGUGUGGCUUCAUCAAACACAACGACGUCCAAGGCGCUCCAUGACAACAACAUCCGCGAAGGAAUGGUGCCAAUUACAUGUAUCGUUAAUUAAAUCACUCUAAACGAAGCAGUUAUUCGAAAAAUUAAUAUACCAGCUUAUAUUUCUUUAGACCGAUGGAUGGACUAUGCAAUAACGUUAGCUAGCAAAUACGCUAUCUGCUAGCAUAACAACACAGCCAGCUAACGUUAACCAGUUAGCCAUAGGUUGCUUUGGGAGGUAACGUUAGCUAGCUAAGCUAACGAUAUCUGCUUUGUCGUCGCAACUGAAACUUCAGACACCAAGGGCACCUGUCAAACUUGAAAACUACAGCACUUGCGCUCCCAUCUAGGUCAUAGCAAAAACAACCCCAGUCCGAGCGUCCCUCGUCUUCUGAGGUGAGACUAAAGCAAGUAAGCUAAAGGUGGCUAGCUAGUUAUGCAUUCUCAGUUAGCUAAAAGGAAAACAUGGUUAGCGAGCUAAGUAACUAACUAACCUGCCUACAGUUACCUAGCUCGCUAAUCAUGUGUUCCUUUUAAGCAUUUAGCUAUUGAUGAUAGCAAGCAUAUUUGCAAAAUAUGAUUGAAAAGCUUGAUUCUUUUGUGCAUGUGUUGCACACUGCAAAAAUGUGGUUGACAGUGGACGGCUAUCUUGGCUUAAAUAACAGCUAGCUAGCUCCUGUGUCCAUUGCAAGCAAUGCCUUUGUGCUUUUUGAGGCUAAAUGCGUAAGCAUCGUGGAAUAUCAGCCAUGCAACUUGAAAUUAAAAAAUAAGUGUAACGUUAUAUGCUUUAUCGUUGCAUGCCUGUCUCAUUGAAACGUGAAACAAAUCUAUUAUUGCUACUUAUUUAGCUAGCUAACUCCUCGUCCUUUGUUGUUGCUUUGUUUCUCUCCGAGCACAUGGCUUUCCUUGUUUUUGUUUCAGUUAGCUACAGCGCCCCCUACUUACAAAUUUAUAUGACGUGAAAUAGUCCAGUGAUUCUUUGGCUGCGUUUAUACAGGCAGCCCAAUUUGGUUUUAUUUUUGUUUUCAGAUCAGAUCUGGUGUGAAGAAAUCUGACGUGAUUAGGACUAAUUAGUGGAAAACAUAUGGGCUGCCUGUGUACAUGCAUUGCACCUUGCACAUACAGCUAGAUACAGUAGCUAUACAUUUGUCAUUUAGCAGAUGCUCUUAUCCAGAGUGACUUACUUACUAACGUACAGUCAAAAUUCAGUUUCUCCUGUGUUUUUUUCUCAUAUUGUACAACAGCUGAUGAAACUAACACUGUAGAAGUGUGAAAACAUUUGAUCGGUGUUAUUUUCUGAUAGUUGCUGGUUGAAAAUCUAAUCUGCACAGGACCUUCUAAUCAGCAGGUUUGCAUGGGCUGGAGUUUCAGCUUUCCAUGGUGACAUCACCAUGCGGUAAAUUGGUUAAUAGACCAAUAACAAAGAGAGUUCCAAACCUCUCUGCCAAUAACAGCUAGUUUUCAGUUUUCCCCGCCCCACUCAGACCACUCCCAGACGGUUCUUGCUUGAGAAAUAGUUGUUUGCAAAAAAUCUAUUUUUGUCCAUUUUAAUGGAGAUCUAUUACAGUAAGGUUACCCAGAAAUGAUUUGAUAUUGAUAUACACACACACACACACAUUUCAAAUCAACCUCAGUUUUGAAUAUCCAGGCUAGUUUGUGAGCGUGGUUGGGUAGCUAACGGUGUUUUUAUUUUCAGGGUAAAGACAGAGGUUAGAAGGCACAAGUGCCUCCAGCACCACUGGUCUCCUCUUCCAGAGUGUGACUCGUCGGUCCCCACGACGUCACCAAUGCGACCAUGGGAAAUAGCAGUGACUAGGCGGCCACCAACAGCCCCUUUGAACCAGAGGAGGUUCCCAGGAGAGCCCUGUGACACCCCAGUGCACCUCAGGAGAAGGUGAAUACUACUCCCUUAGUACACGGAUGUGUUCCAAAUGGCACCCUAUUCAGCACACUACUAUAGGCCCUGGUCAAAAGUAAUGCACUAUAAAGGGGGAAAAAAGGUACCGUUUGGGAAGCAGCCACCCUCUUUAAAAAAAAUAAAUAAUGUUUUAUCAACUGUCAUUAUGGAAUGAUGGGCCAUCUAUUACAUAGGGUUUAGGAAUCAUUUGUGCUGUAUUCAUGGACCAACUGCCCAGACAGCACUUAUUUGACUGUGUUUGAUCAACUAUUGUCACAGUUUACAUGAACUGAAGAAAAUCAGAAUUAACAUUGUAAAUAACCCCCAAAAAAGAAAAUGCUUAUAGAAUUGUAUGGGGUGUUGUAUCAAAAAAAGAAUGUAAGUAUAUCCUAAACAAGAUCAUGUUAAUUGUCCAUGCAUGGUAUCCUUGAUGUUUCUUGGUGUCCUUGAUGUUUCAUGGUAUCCUUGAUGUUUCAUGGUAUCCUUGAUGUUUCAGCCACCAGGUCUUUUGGAUUCUAGCUGUUGUUUAGUUGCCUUUAUUCCCUCUGACCUUCUCUAACUUGUGAUAUUCAUAAACAUGUUUAAUGUAAAAAUAAAAAAAAAGACAACAUUACAUUAAAGACAAUCUAAGUAUAUCCUAAACAGAUAAUUUGAUACACUUUUUUGAAUACAUGGUGUGCCUGAUGUUUCAUGGUAUGCCUGAUGUUUCAUGGUAUGCCUGAUGUUUCAUGGUGUGCCUGAUGUUUCAUGGUGUGCCUGAUGUUUCAUGGUAUGCCUGAUGUUUCAUGGAAUGCCUGAUGUUUCAUGGUAUGCCUGAUGUUUCAUGGUGUGCCUGAUGUUUCAUGGUGUGCCUGAUGUUUCAUGGUAUGCCUGAUGUUUCAUGGUAUGCCUGAUGUUUCAUGGUGUGCCUGAUGUUUCAUGGUGUGCCUGAUGUUUCAUGGUGUGCCUGAUGUUUCAUGGUGUGCCUGAUGUUUCAUGGUAUGCCUGAUGUUUCAUGGUAUGCCUGAUGUUUCAUGGUGUGCUUACGUGAUGUUCCCGCAGCCCGCCAGUGAGACGACAGUGGGGGAGCCGAGACCGACCGGUAGCACUGCAGAACGCCCUGCUCCAGGAUGAGAACUUCCACCGCCCUCUCUUCUCCCAGCAACGUCAGCAGGUUUCUUUAGAUGAGGCCAGACAGUACAGCCACUCCAGUGCACCGCCACGCAUGCUUCACCCUGCCGCACACCCCCCACCUCAGCAUCAACAGACCCCCAUCAUGGUGGAUCUACACGACCAGGUACGUAGGUACACAGCUGUAGUUUCAGUGUUCCAUGAUGGGGGGGGGGGGGGGGUGGUCUGUUAAAAGACAGAAGAGAAGAGUGCAACUUUCCUUCCAUUACUUUCACAGUGGAUGUUGUAGUCUAGCAAAUUGAAAUUCACACUGGUUUAAGAUCCGGGCCAGAUGUGGGUUAUUUAUGCAGUCUGUUAGGCUCUAUGGCACCGUGAGCUCUAUGGCACCGUGAGCUCUAUGGCACCGUGAGCUCUAUGGCACCGUGAGCUCUAUGGCACCGUGAGCUUUGGAGAAAGAAAAAUAGAACCUUUGUGAAUAUGACACACAGAACAGUCUUCAAAAUGAGACCUUGACUAUAUGUUGCAUUCUGUCUUUUUGAAGUUGUUUGGAAAUGGGCUGAAUCACUGUUUUCUCUCUUGUACCAAGAUGCACCAGGGAUCUGUUCCCAUCUCUUACACUGUUACCACGGUGACGACGCACGGUUUCCCCAUCCACACUGGGCAACCUCUCCCAGGGUGCAACAGUCAGCAGCUACCAGCAUGCUCGGUAAUGUUCAGCGGACAGCUCUCUCUGCUCUGCUGCCUUCCUCCUCCUGUGAGUUUGAAAAGGAAGAGCUGAAAUGUCAGUGACGUCCAUGUUAGCAACACACCAUACCACUGUUAAUACACCACUUCCUACACACAAUACCACUGUUAAUACACCACUUCCUACACACAAUACCACUGUUAAUACACUGCUACCAACACACCAUACCACUACCAACACACCAUACCACUACCAACACACCAUACCACUACCAACACACCAUACCACUACCAACACACCAUACCACUACCAACACACCAUACCACUACCAACACACCAUACCACUACCAACACACCAUACCACUACCAACACACCAUACCACUACCAACACACCAUACCACUGUUAAUACACUGCUACCAACACACCAUACCACUGCUACCUACACCAUACCACAUACCACUGCUUGGAACUAGUUAAGGGGGAACAGAACCGAAAACUGGAAAAUAACAACAUUAUUUGAGGACCAGAAUCGAAUACGAAAGUGAUCUAUACUGUUCCGGAACAGACCCGUUAUUUUAAAAGCGUGGGAACCGAUUAAUAACGUUAUUUUACGUUCCGGGCAUAUUCUUUUUUUGUCCCACAAAACUCUUUUAACAAAGCACCUAUGCAAAGCCCUCACUCUGUUACUCAGAACGUAUUCCAGCGUCUGCCUGCCAGCUGGACAUCAUUACCAGUGGGUGUGUGUAGACCACCUGCCCCUCCCCUCUUAAGCGCAGGUUACUGUAGCCUAGGUUACUGUAGCCUAGGUUACUGUAGCGCAGGUUACUGUAGCCUAGGUUACUGUAGCCUAGGUUACUGUAGCCUAGGUUACUGUAGCCUAGGUUACUGUAGCCUACUGACGACGUAAUUCAGAAAUUGGGGAGAGAUGUUUAAUUAGAGAAGAAUGGAUUUACAUUUUCAAUGCUAGUUAAGGACACUAGUUAUCACGUUUCACAUUGGAUUUAUUAACUACAAAAAGGUAAGACAUGUUUUAAAGUGUAGUGCUGCUCUGCACACACAAGCUUGUUAGCUAGCUAGCGAACGUUUGCUCUGGUCCAACAUCAAACCAACUCGGAAAUUCAAAGACAUUCAAAGUUCCUCCAUAGAAGCCACUCCUCCAUAGAAGCCACUCCUCCUAGGUAUAAUUCUGUGGGCCUAAUUGAGAUAAUGCAUGUCAUAACAAGAUGCUUAGCGCUUCAAGGCAAGCUUCCUCCAUCUUCUCUCACCCUACACUGUGACUGGCAGCACAGUGUGUUUGUCCUUUCAUUAUGAUUAAACCAUGUUUUUACUGCAAAAUAUAAUUAGCUCUUAACGACUUUCCUAUACAGAUUAAAUCGCUGACCCGCUCCUCAGCACGCUGCUCUGUCUGCACUGAUUGGUGAAGUAAUUUUAAUGUAGAGCUAAAUGUAAAAAAAAUAUAUAUACAGUACCAGUCGAAAGUUUGGACACCUAUUCGUUCAAGGGUUUUUCUUUCUUUAAAAAACAUUUUUUACAUUGUAGAAUAAUAGUGAAGACAUCAAAACUAUGAAAUAACACAUAUGGAAUCAUGUAGUAACCAAAGAAGUGUUAAACAAAUCAAAAUAUAUUUUAUAUUUGAGAGUCUUCAAAUAGCCACCCUUUGCCUUCAUGACACCUUUGCACACUCUUGGCAUUCUCUCAACCAGUUUCAUGAGGUAGUCACCUGGAAUGCAUUUCAAUUAACAGGUGUGCCUUCUUAAAAGUCAAUUUGUGGAAUUUCUUUCCUUCUUAAUGCGUUUGAGCCAAUCAGUUGUGUUGUGACAAGGUAGGGUUGGUAUACAGAAGAUAGCCCUAUUUGGUAAAAGACCAAGUCCAUAUUAUGGCAAGAACAGCUCAAAUAAGCAAAGAGAAACGACAGUCCAGCAUUACUUUACGACAUAAAGGUCAGUCAAUACAGAACAUUUCAAGAACUUUGAACGUUUCUUCAAGUGCAGUCGCAGAAACCAUCAAGCGCUAUGAUGAAACUGGCUCUCAUGAGGACCGCCACAGGAAUGGAAGACCCGGAGUCUGCUGCAGAGGAUAAGCUCAUUAGAGUUACCAGCCUCAGAAAUUGCAGCCCAAAUAAAUGCUUCACAGAGUUCAAGUAACAGACACAUCUCAACAUCAACUGUUCAGAGGAGACUGCGUGAGUCAGGCCUUCAUGGUCGAAUUGCUGCAAAGAAACCACUACUAAAGGACACCAAUAAUAAGAAGAGACUUGCUUGGGCCAAGAAACACGAGCAAUGCACAUUAGACCGGUGGAAAUUUGUCCUUUGGUCUGGAGUCCAAAUUGGAGAUUUUUGGUUCAAACUGCCGUGUCUUUGUGAGACGCGGUGUGGGUAAACGGAUGAUCUCUGCAUGUGUAGUUCUCACCGUAAAGCAUGUAGGAGGAGGUGUUAUGGUGUGGGGGUGCUUUGCUGGUGACACUGUCUGUGAUUUAUUUAGAAUUCAAGGCACAGUUAACCAGCAUGGCUACCACAGCAUUCUGCAGCGAUACACCAUCCCAUCUGGUUUGGGCUUAGUGGGACUAUCAUUUGUUUUUCAACAGGGCAAUGACCCAACACACCUCCAGGCUGUGUAAGGGCUAUUUUACCAAGAAGGAGAGUGAUUGAGUGCUGCAUCAGAUGACCUGGCCUCCACAAUCCCCCGACCUCAACCCAAUUGAGAUGGUUUGGGAUGAGUCGGACGGCAGAGUGAAGGAAAAGCAGCCAACAAGUGCUCAGCAUAUGUGGGAACUCCUUCAAGACUGUUGGAAAAGCAUUCCAGGUGAAGCUGGUUGAGAGAAUGCCAAGAGUGUGCAAAGCUGUGAUCAAGCCAAAGGGUGGCUAUUUGAAGAAUCUCAAAUAUGACAUAUAUUUUGAUUUGUUUAACACUUUUUUUGGUUACUACAUGAUUCCAUAUGUGUUAUUUCAUAGUUUUGAUGUCUUCACUAUUAUUCUACAAUGUAAAACAUUUUAAAAAUAAAGAAGAAAAACCCUUGACUGGUACUGGGUAUAAAUAGAUUGAUAUUAUUGGUUAUUCUGUAUAUUUCAGAAUUUUAAAAAGGAACAGAAAGGAAUGAUGUAAACCAGUACUUUUAUUUUGGUUCAAACCGGUUCAGAACUUUAUUCUGCUGGUCGGAACAGUGGAACGGUACCAAAAUAAAUAAGGUUCUGUUUAGAACGAAACGAUUGGAAAAUAAUUUCGGUUCGAACCCCUACUACCAACACGCCAUACCACUACCAACACGCCAUACCACUACCAACACGCCAUACCACCAACACGCCAUACCACCACCAACACGCCAUACCACUACCAACACGCCAUACCACUACCAACACGCCAUACCACUACCAACACGCCAUACCACUACCAACACGCCAUACCACUACCAACACGCCAUACCACUACCAACACGCCAUACCACUACCAACACGCCAUACCACUACCAACACGCCAUACCACUACCACGCCAUACCACCACCAACACGCCAUACCACUACCAACACGCCAUACCACUACCAACACGCCAUACCACCACCAACACGCCAUACCACUACCAACACGCCAUACCACUUCAGUCGUGUUCACUGUCGAUGUAGCAUCCCUACCAACACUGCUUCUUUCUUAAGCUGUUUAGCAGCAUGAUCUUUGCAAAUACUUUUGACGUCAUUGCAUCUGUGCUUUGGACAUAUUCACUCCUGCUCAUGUGUUUGUGUAGAGUAAGGAUUGGCCGUGUUUGGCUAGUAAUACCCAUAGAUCAUAGAUUGCUUUUAAUCCAUAGAUUAUUAUUUGACUCAUGUUGAAUUUGGUUUCUUGAGGACGGUCCUGCCAGUCUUGUUCCGUAUGGUUAACCACAGUUUAUUAUUGUCAUUUGUUAUUAAUAGUGUGUCUGUCUGUUUUUUUUUCUCUCUUUUGUAGCUCAUCCAAGCCUGUACAAUGCAGCAUUUACCGGUGUCUUACCAAGCCUUCCCACCGCUGAUCUCCAGGGAGCAUUUUAUACUGCACCCCAACCCCCCGGGGCCCCCCCACCAGCCUCCUCACCUUACUCCUCUCAGCCAGUUCCUCCCUCUACAGAGGCAGCACACACGCACGGUGAGUACCCUAUUGAGUCCCAAAUGGCACCCCUACAUAGUACAUAGGGCCCAUAGGGUUCUGGUCAAAAGUAAUAAUAAUUGAUUCAACUUUUGUAGCGCUCUUCAUUACAUACAUUCAUUACAAGAAUCUCAAAGCGCUUUAAAGUAACCCCCCCCCCCAAAAAAAACAAACAUGCAAUUUAGAAACACCAACAUAUGAUGAACAUUUAGAAAGUUCAUGGCUUGGAGUGGUCAUCUGAGGGAGGUGGUUAAGCAGGGAGAGAAAGUCUGGAGGCAGGCAGGCAGGCAGGCAGGUAGGCAGGCAGGCAGGCAGGCAGGCAGCGCGGUCUCAUCAAGGUGUCUCGCCGUCUCUGGCUUUUCCAUAGUAGGAGCUCGGCCACUGCAGACCAUGGAUUCUGUAGUGGGUAGCUAGUGAGCUACUCCUUCACCACUACCAACGGGGGGGGGGGGGGGGGGGGGGGUCGAACGUUUUGGCUCAAACUCCACAUCGAGAUGUUUUUCUCGAUUUGUUUGUCAAAAUCAAUUUGUGGGCCCCCCAAAAAAAUGGCACUUAUUUGAAAGUAUAUACAGUGCCUUCAGAAAGUAUUCAUACCACUUGACUUAUUUCACGUUUUUGUUGUUACAGCCUGAAUUCAAAAUGGAUUCAAUUGUAUUUGUUCUCACCCAUCUACACACAAUACCCCAUAAUGACAAAGUGAAUACAUGUUUUUUUUUAGAAACUUUAGCAAAUGUAUUGAAAAUUAAAUACAGAAAUAUGUCACACCCCUGAGCCAAUACAUGUUAGAAUCACCUUUGGCAGCGAUCACAGCUGGGAGUCUCUACGAGCUUUGCACACCUGGAUUGUACAAUAUUAGCACAUUAUUCUUAAAAAAAAUUAUUAAAGCUCUGUCAAAUUGGUUGUUGGUCAUUGGUAGACAGCCAUUUUCAAGUCUUGCCAUUGAUUUUCAAGCCGAUUGUAAGUCAAAACUGUAACUAGGCCACUCAGGAACAUCUUGGUAAGCAACCCCAGUGUAGAUUUGGCCUUGUGUUUUAGGUUAUUGUCCUACUGAAAGGUGAAUUUGUCUCCCAGUGUCUGUUGGAAAGCGGACUGAACCUGGUUUACCUCUAGGAUUUUGCCUGUGCUUAGCUCUAUUCCGUUUAUUUUUAUUCUAAAAACAAACUCCCCAGUCCUUGCCGAUGACAAGCAGAUACCCAUAACAUGAUGCAGUCACCACCAUGCUUGAAAAUAUGAAGAGUGGUACCCAGUGUUGUGUUGGAUUUGCCCCAAACAUAACACUUUGUAUUCAGGAUUUCUUUGCCACAUUUUUUGCAGUUUUACUUUAGUGUCUUAUUGCGAACAGGAUGCAUGUUUUGGAAUAUUUUUAUUCUGUUCAGGCUUCCUUCAUUUCACUCUGUCAUUUAGGCUAGUAUUGUGGAGUAACUACAAUGUUGUAACUACACUUUGUUAAGUGUUGCAGUUAUUUCAGUUGCUGUAGUAGCUGACGUGUAUAGUGUUGAGUCAUCCGCAUACAUAGACACACUGGCUUUAAUCAAAGCCAGUGGCAUGUUGUUAGUGAAGACUGAAAAAAGCAAGGGGCCUAGACAGCUGCCCUGGGGAAUUCCUGAUUCUACCUGGAUUUUGUUGGAGAGGCUUCCAUUAAAGAACACCCUCUGUGUUCUGUUAGACAGGUAACUCUUUAUCCACAAUAUAGCAGGGGGUGUAAAGCCAUAACACAUACGUUUUUCCAGCAGUAGACUAUGAUCGAUAAUGUCAAAAGCCGCACUGAAGUCUAACAAAACAGCCCCCACAAUCUUUUUAUCAUCAAUUUCUCUCAGCCAAUCAUCAGUCAUUUGUGUAAGUGUUGUGCUUGUUGAAUGUCCUUCUCUAUAAGCGUGCUGAAAGUCUGUUGUUAAUUUGUUUACAGUAAAAUAGCAUUGUAUCUGGUCAAACACAAUUUUUUCCAAUAGUUUACUAAUGGUUGGUAACAGGCUAAUAGCGGAAUGACUUUUGCUUCCCUCCAAGCCUGGGGGCACACACAUUCUAGUAGGCUUAAAUUGAAGAUAUGGCAAAUAGGAGUGGCAAUAUCGUCCACUAAUAUCCUCAGUAAUUUUCCAUCCAAGUUGUCAGACCCCGGUGGCUUGUCAUUGUUAAUAGACAACAAUAACUUUUUUCACUUCUUCCACACUCACUUUACGGAAUUCAAAAUUACAAUGCUUGUCUUUCAUAAUUUGGUCAGCUAUGCUUGGAUGUGUAGUGUCAGCAAUUGUUGCUGGCAUGUCAUGCCUAAAUUUGCUAAUCUUGCCAAUGAAAACAUUAUUAAAGUAGUUGGCAAUAUGAGUUGGUUUUGUGAUGAAUGAGCCAUCUGAUUCAAUUAAUGAUGGAGCUGAGUUUGCCUUUUUCCCCAACAUGUAAUUGAAGCUGCUCCAAAGCUUUUUACUAUCAUUCUUUGUCAUUUAUCUUUGUUUCAUAGUGUAGUUUCUUCUUCUUUUUAUUCAGUUUAGUCCCAUGAUUUCUGAAUUUGCAGUACGUUUGCCAAUCGGUUGUGCAGCCAGACUUAUUUGCCAUUCCUUUUACCUCAUCCCUCUCAACCAUACAAUUCCUCAUCAAUCCACGGGGAUUUAACAGUUUUUACAGUCAUUUUCUUAAUGGGUGCAUGCUUAUUAGUAACUGGGAUAAGCAAUUUCAUAAAUUUGUGAAGUGCAGUGUCUGUUUGCUCCUCAUUACACACCACGGACCAACAUGUAUUCUUUACAUCAACAACAUAGGAAUCACUACAAAACGUAUUGUAUGACCUCUUAUACACAAUAUUAGGCCCAGCCUUUGGAACUUUGGUUUUCCUAGAUAUGGCUACUAUAUUGUGAUCACUACAUCCGAUGGAUUUGGAUACUGUUUUCAAACAAAUCUCUGCAGCAUUAGUAAAGAUAUGAUCAAUACAUGUUGAUAAUUUAAUUCCUGUGCUGUUUGUAACCACCCUGGUAGGUUGACUGAUAACCUGAACCAGGUUGCAGGCACUGGUUACAGUUUGAAGCUUUUUCUUGAGUGGGCAGCCUGAUGAAAGCUAGUCAAUAUUUAAAUCACCCAGAAAGUAUACCUCUCUAUUGAUAUCACAUACAUUAUCAAGCAUUUCACACGUUAUCCAGAUAAUGACUGUUAGCACUUGGUGGUCUAUAGCAGCUUCCCACCAGAAUGGGCUUUAGGUGAGGCAGAUGAACCUGUAGCCAUAUUACUUCAACAGUAUUUAACAUGAGAUCCUCUCUAAUCUUCACAGGAAUGUGGUUCUGAAUAUAAACAGCAACACCUCCACCAUUGGCAUUUCUAUCUUUUCUGUAAAUGUUAUAACCUUGCAUUGCUACCACUGUAUCAUCAAAGCUAUUAUCUAAGUGAGUUUCAGAGAUAGUCAGAAUAUGAAUGUCAUCUGUUACUAACAAAUUAUUGAUUUCAUAAACUUAGUUUCUUAAGCUACAUAUGUUAACGUGGGCUAUUUUGAGCACUUUUCUUCUGGGAUGCUUACUUGUUUAUAUUGCUUUACUGGGAAGCUUAGCAGCAGUAGAUGUGCUCCAUGUUCUUUAUGUUAGUGCAGGGUGAGCUGCACACGGUGGACUGCCUCCUCGGGCACACCGCCUCAGUGCUAACAGUAUAAAUCUGGUUCCUGGGCACAUGAUCACUACACAACAGCUGCAGGAUCAGCAGAGGAACCCAGGGCAGCUAGAGGGACACAAACCAGGUUACCCACAUUGUGUCUACCGACGCCCCUGGUGUAAUGUACAUUUGCUGAAGCAUUUUGACAACUCUGCGUCACAAUGAUGGGGAUUAGCUGAGCUGGGCUUGGGUCAUCGCUAAGUCAUUGUCUCAACGCAGCCUUAUAAUGCUGUGAAAGGAUUCAGGAACCCAAAUGAUUUGGGUGGAUCCCAUCCUCCGUGUGAAAUGUGUUUUGUUUCCAAAAGGUAUCGAAAUUGUCAACAAAAGUUACACCGAUUGAGCUGCAAUAAUCACGUAGCCAGUUGUGAAGAGAAAGAAUCCUGCUAAAGCGUUCAAUGCCACGAUUCAGAGAGGGCACAGGGACAGAUAUGAUGGUCUUUUAUUUAGUGUCUAGCAGAGAGUCAAUCAGCUCUUUAAAAUCCAGUUUCAACUGUUCAGAGCUGCCCUUUAUAAUGUAAUUAAAACCCACAUGGACUACGGUAGAAUCUAUUUCCAUGUCCUGACGUAGUACAUUCGGGAGCAGCUUAGUAAUGACAUUUACUCGAGCUCUGGGAUAGGACAUUGUUUUUGCACCAGGAACGGUCACAUUUCUUACCAUGGAGCUGCCCAAAAUCACGGCUGGCGAGAAAGACGAGGAAAUCCGCCCACUCCCACGCUUCACAGGAUGCAGGCCUCCGACAGAUGCUCGAUCCAGAGCAGGGACGGAAGGUUGCCGACUUCGAAAUCGUAGUAGUAGGCGCCGCAGACACAGGCACCCCCAGCGACGAAGGUGCAGGAAGAUCAGGCUCCAGGACGGCGUAACUAUACGUUGUUUUAAUCCGCUCCGGGCCUCUCGUUGGGAGUGUAGAUUGCUUAGCGGGAGUCUGCUGUCUUUGGCUUCCACGGCUUUUGACAUGCGACCAUCGUUGAUUGCCUUUCUCCUCAUGCUGUGCUCCUUCGACGGCGCUAUCAGAUGGGGGAGCUCCGGGCAACACCGGCCAGUCGGAUAACGACAAAUGACAAGGCGGAGAUGCAUCCAACAAGCGCGAACGCCGUCCAGCCACCGGCGUAGAAAAGGUCAACAUUCCACUCUGCGUUUUCCCCAGUUUCUUCCGUAGGCUGGCGACCUGCGUGAUCAAGGAAGCCACCUCAAGACUAUAACCCCUGGCAAGUAAACUAUUGCCGCAUUUGAACUCAGAGUGAUCCAGUUUGUCUUGAAACAAAGCGUAAUAGAUACAGUGCUGGAACCGUUCAUUUAGUUCUCCAGACAAAGAGGGCUCCAUUGCAAAACUAAUCUGGUACCAACUUCGUUAGCUUGAUGGCUAGCACCUUAGCGGAUUGUCAGUCGAGUGAUUUAGUUAUUGGAUUGACAUGAUGGAAGAGAAUCUGAGGGAGUUCAUUCCAUGGCUGCCAAGGGAGACCAUCCGUGCUACAAUGCCACAAUGUUUUUAAGGACCACUACCCAGGAACAAUCUACAUUAUUGACUGCUCAGAAACUGCUUUUACAGAAGUGCAAGAAUCUGGAUUCAAGGGGGGGGGAGUCAUUCAGUCAUUACUACGCCCAGAACACUAUCAAGUACCUGGUGGCCAUUGCACCUUGUGGUCUAGUGAUGUUCAUCUCCUCAGCAUAUGGAGGUAGAUGUAGCCACAAAUAUAUAACAUCGGAUUCUGGGUUCCUGGUGUACCUCCUAUCCAGGUGAUGAGGUCCAGCCUUCACAAAAAAGAGGCGCACAGCUGUCAGAGGAGGACACCACAUGUACAAGACGUGAGGGUUCAUGUGGAACGCGUAAUUCAAAGGCUCAAACAGUUUAGACUCAACCUCAUCUAGAAUGGACAAAAUACUUCAAAUCUGUGCUGCCCUGUGUAACCUGUGUGGUGAUAUCAUUAAUGAAGAUGCUGAAUAAUAAUAAUAAUAUGCCAUUUAGCAGACGCUUUUAUCCAAAGCGACUUACAGUCAUGCGUGCAUACAUUUUUUUUUUUGGUGUAUGGGUGGUCCCGGGGAUCGAACCCACUACCUUGGCGUUACAAGCGCCGUGCUCUACCAGCUGAGCUACAGAGGACCACAAGGAAUGAACUGACCAGUCAAAUGCCAUUCACAGGGUCGAUUUCCCAAUAUGAAUUAAAGUUAUGUGUCAAAAGUCACGUUAAAUAAAUUUCAAUUCAUUCUAUAACAACUCAACUUAAUUAUUUGUUUUACAUACUCAUUAAUAUUAAUAAAAAAACAAAGCCAUAAAAACAAUUUCCACAAUACUGUGACUGUUGAUGCAUUAAGUCAGGCUUUUAAAAUUUAAAAACAAUUUGUUAAUAGUAACUGCAAACAGGAGAGACAUCUGACUACAUCAUUCUACAGAGCUGCAUGUAUUUGUCACUCAGUGACAAUCUGCCUGCCUGAUGCUCCUCAACAAUAAAUGUCAGCGUGUGUGUAAAGGAGAAGGUCUUCAACCUCAGGACAGCCUCGGCACAGAACUCUGCAUCACAGGGAACAGGGAUGUCAACUUGCUGGGACGGAGUCCAGAUGAGCACCUUUUUACUUUCUCUCAGUCCUGUGCAAAACAUACCAAUUUGCACCUGCAUGUAGUGGCCUGUGUGGUUGCAGUUGGGGUGUGCCCUCCACCAACUUCACAUCACAGGCUUUCCCGUUGAAGACAUCAUCCGGAGAAUCACAGCCCUUCCCCAUGACAGGACACCAUCCGGAGAAUCACAGCCCUUCCCCAUGACAGGACACUUGAUCCCCAACAGCUCCUUGGAGUUCAGCAGUCCGUCAGGGCUUGCUGAUAGCUAAGGCUCUUCAACCCUGACAACAGUGCCUCUGUGGUCCACAGAGUAUCCACAGUCUUCCAGAGCCACUGGGAGGUCAUCAGCUCAAUAUCUUUCCCGUAGCGUGUGGCUGCAUUCCCUCGGAACCCGGGAUACAGGAUGCUCCUGGAGAAACUGACCAGUGUUGGUGGAUUCCCUGACGGGGACCUUCUUGGCUGUGCUUGCAGUAACUCGAAGCUUCCUUGAGUCAUGCCACAAGUGUGAGGCACUCUGCUCCGUUGUGAUCUGUUCCAAAGCAGUCGACUGGGUUGGGUCAGGUUUCACAAAUUCAUUGCAGAAGGACAGGCACUUCUGGCAGUUGUAAUUGACACGCUGUCCAUGUGGCUGGGAAAGAGUAGACAAUAUAUAUUAAGUUAUUUAUAUGGCGUUAGAAAGCGUUGAACAGAAGAGAGACACACAUCAGUUCAAAUACAUUUUAAAAUGGUACAGCCACAAAUAAAUAUUCCAUUCAGUCCAAUUUGACCUGGGAUGCCACUGGCUGUGAUACUAUUUAACACACUUAUAGAGCAGACUCCCCACAGGCAGAUUCAGGUGUCUCCAGGCUCCUAUUCAAGUCCUCCUGCGAGUGGAAUGCAGGAGUGGGAGGCAGGGGUGGACAUUCUGGACGCUUUUCUGCAUAUUGGUCACUGGCCUUUAUGGUGUGUGAAGUCAAUGCUGUUUAACCGCUUUGGCUCAGGGUUUUUGUUUAUUUGUUAAGAUGUGUUUAACGAUGCGCGUUUUUUUAAUUAUUAGCUAGCCACCGCUCUGAGGUAAUUCGCUAGCGUUGACGGAAAGUUGUGAAACGGAAAGACAAACACAAUCGUGUUCGAAUGGAUCUGGGUAAAGGGGGCGGGGCUACAUAAGGUGAAUACAGUUGGUAUACGGUUGAUACACAGUGCUGUGAAAAAGUAUAUGCCCCCUUUUCUAAUUUCCUCUAUUUUUGCAUAUUUUUGAUACUGAGUGUUAUCAUAUCUUCAAUCAAAACCUAAUAUUAGAUAAAGGGAACCUGAGUUUACAAAUAACAACAAUUAUUGAUACUUAUUUAAUUAACAAAGUUAUGCAACACAUAAUUGCCCCCUUUACACUCAAUAACUGGUUGUGCCACCUUUAGCUGCAAUGACUGCAACCAAAUGCUUCCUGUAGUUGUUUAUCAGUCUCUCACGUCGCUGUGGAGGGAUUUUGGCCCACUCUUCCAUGCAGAACUGCUUUAACUCAGUGACAUUUGUGGGUUUUCAAAAAUGAACUGCUCGUUUCAAGUCCUGCCACAACAUCUCAGUUGGGAUUAGGUCUAGACUUUGACUUGGCCAUUCCAAAACUUCAAAUUUGUUGCUUUUUAACCAUUUUCAUGUAGACUUGAUUGUGUGUGUUUUGGAUCAUUGUCUUGCUGCAUGACCCAGCUGCGCUUCAUCUUAAGCUCACAGACGGAUGGCCUGUGGUCCUCUGUAGCUCAAUUGGUAGAGCAUGGCACUUGUAAUGCCAGGGUAGUGGGUUCGAUCCCCGGGACCACCCAUACGUAAAGAUGUAUGCGCACAUGACUGUAAGUCGCUUUGGAUAAAAGCGUCUGCUAAAUGGCAUUUUUAAUUUAAAAUGUUAUUCUCCUGUAGAAUUCUUGGUUUGUUCUAUUGAGGCAAGUUGUCCAGGUCCUGAGGCAGCAAAGCAUCCCGAAACCAUCACACCACCACCACCAUGCUUGACCGUUGGUAUGAGGUUCUUACUCUGGAAUGCAGUGUUUGGUUUUCACCAGGCUUAAUGAGACCCAUGUCGUCCAAAAAGUUUUACUUUUGACUCAUCUGUCCAUAGAAAAUUAUUCCAAAAGUCUUGAUGAUCUUCCAUGUGCUUUUUGGCAAACUUUAGUCAACUUUUUGGACGAGAUUCCUGAAACGCCUGCCCAGAGGUGAAUUUUUGGAGGAGGGGUAGGCAAUAAUUUUCCCCACACGCUUCCUUGCCCUGGAGUCGUGCAGGACCCCGAUAGAGGGCAGGUGACAGCCAAUGACCCUUUGCAGACCGGACAAUGCGUUGCAGUUUGCCCUUGAAGCGGGCCGACUCAGACCCAAACCAGGCGGUGAUGGAGGAGGUGAGGAUGGACUCAAUGAUUGGUGCAUAAAACUGGAUCAGGAUUGACUGGGAGAUUUUAAGAGGUUUUUUUCAGUCACCAUUGGCCUCAUCGUGAAAUCCCUGAGCGGUUUCCUUCCUCUCGUGCAAAUGAGUUAGGAAGGACGCCUGUAUCUUUGUAGUGACUUAGUGUAUUGAUACACCAUCCAAAGUGUAAUUAAUAACUUCACCAUGCUCAAAGGAAUAUUCAAUGUCUGCUUUUUUUUACCCAUAUACCAAUAGGUGCCCUUCUUUGCGAGGCAUUGGAUAACCUCCCUGGUCUUAGUGGUUGAAUCUGUGUUUUGAAAUUCACUGUUCGACUGAGGACCUUACAGAUAAUUGUAUGUGUGGGGUACAGAGAUGAGGUAGUCAUUCAAAAGUCAUGUUUAACACUAGUAUUGCACACAGUGAGUCCAGGCAACUUAUGUGACUUAAGAUAUUUUUUACUCCUGAACUUAUUUAAGCUCCCCAUAACAAAGGGGAUGAAUACUUAUUGACUCAAGACAUUUCAACAUAAUUCCACUUUGACAUUAUGGGGUAUUGCGUGUAGGCCACUGAAACAAAAUCUCAAUUUAAUCCAUUUUACAAUUUCUACUUUCUAUCAAGUUGUAGUCGUUCAGGAGUGGCCUGGAGUGUUUUUCAACCCAAAAUAGUUUCUUUAUUUUAUUUAUCAUACUCUCUGUUUCCAACCAUCCACACACACACACACACACACACACACACACACACACACACACACACACAACUAUUUGUUUUCAUUAGCUAUGACUCAAGAGAACUAUCCCUAAGUGACUGUUAGUGCGUGUGUGUCCUGCUUUCACAGUGUGUAGGGAAUAGGGUGCCAUUUGGGACGGAAUCCUGUCCGUUACAAAUAACACUAGAAGUAUGCCUCGUCAUCUAGUACACUUACACGGUAGUUGGAAAAAAAGUGAUGAGUCGCCUAGGAUUUAGUUAGAAUGUGUUAACCAAAUAUUGAUAUUGCUUUCAGUGGUACUUUCUGAAUGCACAUUUCUGUAUAGUAGUUGAUCCACAUGAAUUAAAAAGGAAUGAGUCUGAGUUAGAAUGUGUGAAACCUGUCACUGACUGUUAAGUUCUCUCUCUCACUCCCUCCCUCUCCCGUCGGUCGGCCAGCCUCUCCAGAGGGUAGAGAAUGAGGUGGAUCUCAGGGGGGACCAGCACCCAUUAGGAACGUUCUCUUACCCUCCCUCGAACCACCACCACCCACCAGCGAUGCCUCCCUCUGUCCCCCUCCAGUACCUCCCUCAGGAGCCUCUGCACCAGGAGAUGCCCUUCCCAGUGGUAAGACUUUACCUCACAUCUUCCCUUCCCAGUGGUAAGACUUUACCUCACAUCUGCCCUUCCCAGUGGUAAGACUUUACCUCACAUCUUCCCUUCCCAGUGGUAAGACUUUACCUCACAUCUGCCCUUCCCAGUGGUAAGACUUUACCUCACAUCUGCCCUUCCCAGUGGUAAGGCUUUACCUCACAUCUGCCCUUACCAGUGGUAAGACUUUACCUCACAUCUGCCCUUCCCAGUGGUAAGACUUUACCUCACAUCUGCCCUUCCCAGUGGUAAGACUUUACCUCACAUCUGCCCUUCCCAGUGGUAAGGCUUGAUGCCAUAGAGCUAGCUAGCUGAACCAGUAUCUGUGAGUUAUAAACCCUUCUAACGCCCAGAAAGCACCGAUUUGAAACUCCCAUCCACCAGGUGCCGACAUUUCUUUGGGUUGCUUGGACAUUUUUAGUUAGACAUUUUUUGGAAGUACAUACCGGCCGUGACGGCAGUUAAUUUCGAUAGUUGCUAAUCGAUACUCCUUAUUUGAGUAACAAACGUAUUUUUACAUUAUUAAAGGGAUGCUUCGGGAUUUUGGCGUUAUCUACUUCCCCAGAGUCAGAUGAACUUGUGGACACCAUUUUUAUGUUUCUGUCCAGUAUGAAGGAAGUUAGAGGUAGGUAGCAGUGCUGAGCGAUUAACCCGUUAUUAAACAGCUAAUUGACCGACGUCUGUUCAAUUACUUGAAUUCCAUUUAGUUAAUUUUUUUCGUGUGAGCCCAACGCGCCCUUUUUCUAGAGUGAAAUCAAGUCGACCUACACUACAUGACCAAAAGUAUGUGGACACCCCUUCAAAUUAGUGUAUUCGGCUAUUUCAGCCACAUCCGUUGCUGACAGGUGUAUAAAAUCGAGCACACCGCCAUGCAAUCUCCAGAGACAAACAUUGGCAGUAGAAUGGCCUUCCUGAAGAGCUCAGUGACUUUCAACGUGGCACCGUCAUAGGAUGCCACAUUUCCAACCAGUCAAGAACUGUUCGUCGGGAGCUUCAUGAAAUGGGGAUCCAUCGCCCAGCAGCCGCAAUGCCAAGCCUAAGAUCACCAUCCGCAAUGCCAAGCCUAAGAUCACCAUCCGCAAUGCCAAGCCUAAGAUCACCAUCCGCAAUGCCAAGCCUAAGAUCACCAUCCGCAAUGCCAAGCCUAAGAUCACCAUCCGCAAUGCCAAGUGUUGGCUGGAGUGGUGUAAAACUCUGGAGCAGUGGUGUAAAACUCCGUUCUUCGGAGUGAUGAAUCAUUCUUCACCAUCUGGCAGUCCGACGGACGAAUCUAGGUUUGGGGGAUGCCAGGAGAACGCUACCUGCCCCAAUGCAUAGUGCCAACUGUAAAGUUUGGUGGAGGAGGAAUAAUGGUCUGGGGCUGUUUUUUUUUUUCAUGGUUCAGGCUAGGCCCCUUAGUUCCGGUGGAAAUCUUAAUGCUACAGCAUACAAUGACAUUCUGUGCUUCCAACUUUGUGUCAACAGUCUGGGGAAGGUCCUUUCCUGUUUCAGCAUGACAAUGCCCCCGUGCACAAAGCGAGGUCCGAGAAAUGGUUUGUCGAGAUCGGUUUUGGCAAUUGAAUGUUCACUGUUUUUGGCUUUGGAAUUUCCAUUAAAAAGCUCUAAUCAUUGUAAUGUCAUUAUUUCAUAAUACAUUUAAUGUUUUUAAAAAAUUAUCAAAAUCGAAUACUGUGAUUUAUUUUUUAAUAAUCUAAUCGAAACCGAACCCCGACCUCAAAAAGCACUAAUCACUAGUAGAUAUACCCCUUUCAUCUAUUUGUAAGUCGCUCUGGAUAAGAGCGUCUGCUAAAUGACGUAAAUGUAAAUGUAAAUCAACGAGAAAUAAUCUUUCAAAUAAAAAUAUACAUUUACUGUAGCAGUUUAGCACAGAUCCACACGCUGUGUGUGCCUCCAGUUGACAAACUACACUUCCUCCCCAGUUAGCUGACACACAGGUGUUGGGAGCACGCUAGGUGGCUAAUUAGCACAGGUGACCGCCUCUGUCUUCCGUAAACAAGCGCUGUAACCUUGGUGAUAUGGCCGUGUGGGAACACUAACCCCAUAAAUGUGUGUCGUCAUUUUUUUUUUUACAACUUUCUUUUGUGCUGAUGUGAAAGAUACGUUCCUUAUGUUUCCAAAACAAGCAAUGAGUUUUAAGGUUCAGAAUGAGCAUCGGGGUUCUUAACAAAACUCCCCCUGGCCAGAAGAUGCUAUCGUCAAUAGGCGCUAAAGGUAGUUAGUCUAUGAAUGGGUUAACCCUUUACUGUGGUAAGACCUCAUGUCUUCACCGUCACACAGUUAGCAAAACAUAGAGCUAUCCAUCCCUAACCCUUCCCCAGUGGUAAGACUUUAGCUAGCUCAGUCUAACCCUUCCCCAGUGGUAAGACUUUAGCUAGCUGUCUAACCCUCCCCAGUGGUAAGGCUUUAGCUAGCUCAGUCUAACCCUUCCCAGUGGUAAGACUUUAGCUAGCUCAGUCUAACCCUUCCCCAGUGGUAAGACUUUAGCUAGCUCAGCCUAACCCUUCCCAGUGGUAAGACUUUAGCUAGCUCAGUCUAACCCUUCCCAGUGGUAAGGCUUUAGCUAGCUCAGUCUAACCCUUCCCCAGUGGUAAGGCUUUAGCUAGCUCAGUCUAACCCUUCCCCAGUGGUAAGACUUUAGCUAGCUGUCUAACCCUUCCCAGUGGUAAGACUUUAGCUAGCUGUCUAACCCUUCCCCAGUGGUAAGACUUUAGCUAGCUCAGUCUAACCCUUCCCCAGUGGGACUUUAGCUAGCUCAGUCUAACCCUUCCCCAGUGGUAAGACUUUAGCUAGCUCAGUCUAACCCUUCCCCAGUGGUAAGACUUUAGCUAGCUCAGCCUAACCCUUCCCAGUGGUAAGACUUUAGCUAGCUCAGUCUAACCCUUCCCCAGUGGUAAGACUUUAGCUAGCUCAGUCUAACCCUUCCCCAGUGGUAAGACUUUAGCUAGCUCAGUCUAACCCUUCCCCAGUGGUAAGACUUUAGCUAGCUCAGUCUAACCCUUCCCCAGUGGUAAGACUUUAGCUAGCUCAGUCUAACCCUUCCCCAGUGGUAAGACUUUAGCUAGCUGUCUAACCCUUCCCCAGUGGUAAGGCUUCAGAUUGUAGAACUAGCUAAAGCUACAGAGCUGGUGUAAUUGGCAUUUUAAAUAACCAGUCACUUCCAUAGGAUAUUUCACCCCCACCAUGUUAACAGCUAUGUCUCUCUCUGUCUCCUGUUCAGCCAUACCCCCACAUGCUGCCGCGGCGUGUCAACGGCCACAGGUACCGGUUACAGCAGCACCCACCUCCGCCCCCACCUCCCUACUACCCAGGCUUCCUGCCGUACUUCCUGUGAGUAUGAAAUGAAUAAAGAACGUAAUGAUACACGUACGCUUUUCAAUGACCCAAAGUCGCUCAGGACCUAAAAUUGGACACCCUUUAAGGUGAGGUGUUAACGUAACUGAACAUGCUGUACACUGUAUUGACAACGCCACAAUACAUUGCCUUUUUCCACAUCCCAAGUGUCAUGUCCCUAUUUUAGUCUGGGUGAUGUGUGACCGUUGUGUCUCUGUGCAGGUCGAUGCUUCCUGUGCCUCCUACAGCAGUGGGACCAGCCAUCAGUCUGGACCUGGACGUAGAUGAUGUGGAGAUGGAGAACUAUGAGGUGAGGGGACCAGGUCAUCAAUACACUUACCAAACACACUGUUUGUUUCUCUGUGUGUUUCUGUGUGUUUCUCUGUGUGUUUCUGUGUUUGUACUAUAUUUAGGGUCAGUUGUUUUGGAUGUUUUUCUCUUGACCGGUAUUUCCAGCGUUAUCCACUAGGUUUGCUGCAGGUAGAAAAUACUAGGAAAUGGUCUUUAGCUAGAACACAAUCAAUCAAUCAAUCAAUCAAUCAAUCAAUCAAUCAAUCAAUCAAUCAAUCAAUGUCUGGUUGUGCGCGAGUGUUUGGUGGGGGAUCGCCUGAGCCAGGGGAGGCGGAGCUCUACGACUAUUAUCUGGCAGGGAAAAACCGGUUUGUAGAUCAGUGAUUCUACACAUCACUUUGCUCAAGCUGAUCCACUCCAAUGGAAGUUGGAGUUAAAAAUGGGUCAAAAUGGGUCAAACACUCACGCACAACCAGACAUUGAUUGAUUGAUUGAUUGAUUGAUUUAGAGACAGCUUGUGUCAAUUUAAAGACUUGAGGGCCAUUUCCAAACCUAGUGGAUAAUGCUGGAAAUACCGGUCAAUAAAAAUUAACCAAAACAACUGGCCCUAAAAUAUAUGUCCCUCAGGCAUUAGUGAACCUGGCUGAUCUCUCUCACCCUCUCGUCCCUCAGGCAUUAGUGAACCUGGCUGAUCUCUCUUGUCUCUCAGGCAUUAGUGAACCUGGCUGGUCUCUCUCGUCCCUCAGGCAUUAGUGAACCUGGCUGAUCUCUCACCCUCUUGUCCCUCAGGCAUUAGUGAACCUGGCUGAUCUCUCACCCUCUCGUCCCUCAGGCAUUAGUGAACCUGGCUGAUCUCUCACCCUCUCAUCCCUCAGGCAUUAGUGAACCUGGCUGAUCUCUCUCGUCCCUCAGGCAUUAGUGAACCUGGCUGAUCUCUCACCCUCUCGUCCCUCAGGCAUUAGUGAACCUGGCUGAUCUCUCACCCUCUCAUCCCUCAGGCAUUAGUGAACCUGGCUGAUCUCUCUCGUCCCUCAGGCAUUAGUGAACCUGGCUGAUCUCUCACCCUCUCGUCCCUCAGGCAUUAGUGAACCUGGCUGAUCUCUCACCCUCUUGUCCCUCAGGCAUUAGUGAACCUGGCUGGUCUCUCUCGUCCCUCUUGUCCCUCAGGCAUUAGUGAACCUGGCUGAUCUCUCUCCCUCUUGUCCCUCAGGCAUUAGUGAACCUGGCUGAUCUCUCUCCCUCUUGUCCCUCAGGCAUUAGUGAACCUGGCUGAUCUCUCUUGUCCCUCAGGCAUUAGUGAACCUGGCUGGUCUCUCUCGUCCCUCAGGCAUUAGUGAACCUGGCUGAUCUCUCACCCUCUCAUCCCUCAGGCAUUAGUGAACCUGGCUGAUCUCUCUCGUCCCUCAGGCAUUAGUGAACCUGGCUGAUCUCUCACCCUCUCGUCCCUCAGGCAUUAGUGAACCUGGCUGAUCUCUCUCACCCUCUUGUCCCUCAGGCAUUAGUGAACCUGGCUGAUCUCUCUCACCCUCUUGUCCCUCAGGCAUUAGUGAACCUGGCUGAUCUCUCUCUCCCUCUCGUCCCUCAGGCAUUAGUGAACCUGGCUGAUCUCUCUCCCUCUUGUCCCUCAGGCAUUAGUGAACCUGGCUGAUCUCUCUCCCUCUUGUCCCUCAGGCAUUAGUGAACCUGGCUGAUCUCUCUCCCUCUUGUCCCUCAGGCAUUAGUGAACCUGGCUGAUCUCUCUCCCUCUUGUCCCUCAGGCAUUAGUGAACCUGGCUGAUCUCUCUCACCCUCUCGUCCCUCAGGCAUUAGUGAACCUGGCUGAUCUCUCUCACCCUCUUGUCCCUCAGGCAUUAGUGAACCUGGCUGAUCUCUCUUGUCCCUCAGGCAUUAGUGAACCUGGCUGAUCCCUCUCCCUCUCGUCCCUCAGGCAUUAGUGAACCUGGCUGAUCUCUCUCCCUCUUGUCCCUCAGGCAUUAGUGAACCUGGCUGAUCUCUCUCCCUCUCGUCCCUCAGGCAUUAGUGAACCUGGCUGAUCUCUCUCACCCUCUCGUCCCUCAGGCAUUAGUGAACCUGGCUGAUCUCUCUCCCUCUCGUCCCUCAGGCAUUAGUGAACCUGGCUGAUCUCUCUCCCUCUUGUCCCUCAGGCAUUAGUGAACCUGGCUGAUCUCUCACCCUCUCGUCCCUCAGGCAUUAGUGAACCUGGCUGAUCUCUCUCACCCUCUCGUCCCUCAGGCAUUAGUGAACCUGGCUGAUCUCUCCCUCUUGUCCCUCAGGCAUUAGUGAACCUGGCUGAUCUCUCACCCUCUCGUCCCUCAGGCAUUAGUGAACCUGGCUGAGAGGCUAGGAGAGGCUAAACCACGAGGAAUCACCAAGGCAGACAUUGAGCAGCUUCCAUCCUACAGGUUCAACCUCGACAACCAUCAAUCUGAACAAACGCUGUAAGAUAAGCUUCCUCUGCCUUUUCUCUUAUUCCACUCACCCAUUUAAUCUAUCUAAUCUAAUCUAUCUGGCUGGCUGGCCAAAUAGGGCUGGGCGGUAUACCAUAUUUUCCUAUAUACUGGUAUCGAUGCAUGGACCAGUUUGGGUUUUUACUUUACCUUCUAUAACGGUAUUUCAAUAUUUGGUUUGUUAAAUGUGAUACGCAUCUCCGGGCUUGGUGUGACACCAAGCCCUGCCCCCCGUCACACCAAGCCCUGCCCCCCGUCACACCAAACCCUGCCCCCCGACACACCAAGCCCUGCCCCCCGACACACCAAGCCCUGCCCCCCGACACACCAAGCCCUGCCCCCCGUCACACCAAGCCCUGCCCCCCGUCACACCAAACCCUGCCCCCCGUCACACCAAGCCCUGCCCCCCGUCACACCAAACCCUGCCCCCCGACACACCAAGCCCUGCCCCCCGACACACCAAGCCCUGCCCCCCGACACACCAAGCCCUGCCCCCCGACACACCAAGCCCUGCCCCCCGACACACCAAGCCCUGCCCCCUGUCACACCAAACCCUGCCCCCUGACACACCAAGCCCUGCCCCCUGUCACACCAAGCCCUGCCCCCUGUCACACCAAGCCCUGCCCCCUGACACACCAAGCCCUGCCCCCUGUCACACCAAGCCCUGCCCCCUGACACACCAAGCCCUGCCCCCUGUCACACCAAGCCCUGCCCCCUGACACACCAAGCCCUGCCCCCUGUCACACCAAGCCCUGCCCCCUGUCACACCAAGCCCUGCCCCCUGACACACCAAGCCCUGCCUAUACCUUCCCAGGCCCACCCAGUAAUGUGAUAUCCAUAGAUUAGCGCCUAAUGAAUUUAUUUCAAUUGACUGAUUUCCUUAUAUGAACUGUAACUCAGUAAAAUCAUUGAAAUUGUUGCAAGUUGCUUUUAUAUUUUUGUUCAUUAUAUUUGCUUGGUAGCUUAACUUCAUGGGCAACGAUGCCCCAGGCCAUCUAGUUAACAUUAGCAUACUACAUCUAGCUACAUGUUGAACUUCCAUCCUCUCAGGCCGGGGGUACAAUGUAUGAAUUUGUGGUUGGAUCUGAAUAGCUGUUGUAAUCAUUGGCCGGUCCAAAAUCCCUAUUUCCAUCUAUGGCUAAUUUAGGAAAGGGAUGAUUUUAGCUAGCUAGCUAGCCACCAGAGGACAACACAACGAGAUUCAACAAUUCAAGUUUUUUUCUGUCAAUAAUGAUGUUUGGCUUGUGAUGUGAUUGGUCUGUAGCCAAAUCCAAACUGGCUUCCCUUUGGGUGCACCAGGACCAAUCACAGCUGAGCUCACUCAGUUUAGCUCAAUGCCGAUUGGCUAUUAUUUUAUUUAUUUUUUAUCAAAGGAGGCUAAAUGCUUGCUGGCUUCCCUUUUCAUUCAAUGCUACGUGCAGCAACAAUGUCAUACUCUUUUUGACCAGACAGCAUCAGAUAGACACUCUACAUAUACUGAGACAGAGGAGUUUUGCUUUGUUCGCUCGGAUGCUUUCUCCUGUGAGAUACAUUCAGCCUCUUGCAAAUUGAAGGAAAACGCGGAGAGACGAAAGAUACAUUAUUUUGUAAAAAAAAAUUCUUGGUCAAUUUUUUUGGGGAAGCCUGGCUUCCCUUGGAGUCCAUGAAUACACUGGUUAUUAGAAAAGUCUAAAGUCAUCACGCUGACACUAAAUCAAUUGCUUGAAUCAGAUUAAUAUUAUUAUUUUGUUACCCGUUGAUUUUGUCAUACGCGCCUGUCCGUCGCAGGAUUUAUAACGCUGUUGUCAUUUUCAAAGUGAAAUGGCACAGACAAUUCGCGCCGCUCUCUGUAUAAAAGUCGCUGGCCACAAACUAAUACACGGAUUUCACAGUCAAGCUAUCACUCAAACUAAAGACAACCCCUGUCACUAUUUAGAACGACUUGUGGAGAGAUGAUUCGUUGAAAUUAUCCAGUCAAAAAAGUGUUGCGUUUCCUAUUUCGUAUUGACCAUCUACCGUAAACAUUGUUCCACAAGAAGAUUAGUUGAUAAAUGGCUACUACAUAUUUUUAUCUAGUGCAUUCAGAAAGUAUUCAGACCCCUUUACUUUUCCCAAAUUGUUUACUUUACAGCCUUAUUCUAAAAUUGAUUAAAUUACUUUUUUCCCCUCAUCAGUCUACACACAAUACCCCAUAAUGACAAAGUGAAAACAGGUUUUUAGAAAUGUUUGCAAAAAAAUAAAAUAAUGAAAUACCUUAAGUAUUCAGACCCUUUCCUAUGAGAAUCAAAAUUGAGCUCAGGUGCAUUCUGUUUUCAUUGAUCAUCCUUGAGAUGUUUCUCCAACUUGAUUGGAGUCCACCUGUGGUAAAUUUAAUUGAUUGGACAUGAUUUAGAAAGGCACACACCUGUCUACAUUAGGUCCCACAGUUGACAGUACAUGUCAGAGCAAAAACCAAACCAUGAGGUCGAAGGAAUUGUCCGUAGAGCUCAGAGACAGGAUUGUAUCGAGGCACAGAUCUGGGGAAGGAUGCCAAAAAAAUUCUGCAGCUUUGAAGGUCCCCAAGAAACGGUGGCCUCUACAGUGAGGGAAAAAAGUAUUUGAUCCCCUGCUGAUUUUGUACGUUUGCCCACUGACAAAGACAUGAUCAGUCUAUAAUUGUAAUGGUAGGUUUAUUUGAACAGUGAGAGACAGAAUAACAACAACAAAAUCCAGAAAAACGCAUGUCAAAAAUGUUAUAAAUUGAUUUGCAUUUUAAUGAGGGAAAUAAGUAUUUGACCCCCUCUCAAUCAGAAAGAUUUCUGGCUCCCAGGUGUCUUUUAUACAGGUAACGAGCUGAGAUUAGGAGCACACUCUUAAAGGGAGUGCUCCUAAUCUCAGCUUGUUACCUGUAUAAAAGACACCUGUCCACAAAAGCAAUGAAUCAAUCAGAUUCCAAACUCUCCACCAUGGCCAAGACCAAAGAGCUCUCCAAGGAUGUCAGGGACAAGAUUGUAGACCUACACAAGGCUGGAAUGGGCUACAAGACCAUCGCCAAGCAGCUUGGUGAGAAGGUGACAACAGUUGGUGCGAUUAUUCGCAAAUGGAAGAAACACAAAAGAACUGUCAAUCUCCCUCGGCCUGGGGCUCCAUGCAAGAUCUCACCUCGUGGAGUUGCAAUGAUCAUGAGAACGGUGAGGAAUCAGCCCAGACCUACACAGGAGGAUCUUGUCAAUGAUCUCAAGGCAGCUGGGACCAUAGUCACCAAGAAAACAAUUAGUAACACACUACGCCGUGAAGGACUGAAAUCCUGCAGCGCCUGCAAGGUCCCCCUGCUCAAGAAAGCACAUAUACAUGCCCGUCUGAAGUUUGCCAAUGAACAUCUGAAUGAUUCAGAGGAGAACAUGGUGAAAGUGUUGUGGUCAGAUGAGACCAAAAUGGAGCUCUUUGGCAUCAACUCAACUCACCGUGUUUGGAGGAGGAGGAAUGCUGCCUAUGACCCCAAGAACACCAUCCCCACCGUCAAACAUGGAGGUGGAAACAUUAUGCUUUGGGGGUGUGUUUCUGCUAAGGGGACAGGACAACUUCACCGCAUCAAAGGGACGAUGGACGGGGCCAUGUACCGUCAAAUCUUGGGUGAGAACCUCCUUCUCUCAGCCAUGGCAUUGAAAAUGGGUCGUGGAUGGGUAUUCCGGCAUGACAAUGACCCAAAACACACGGCCAAGGCAACAAAGGAGUGGCUCAAGAAGAAGCACAUUAAGGUCCUGGAGUGGCCUAGCCAGUCUCCAGACCUUAAUCGCAUAGAAAAUCUGUGGAGGGAGCUGAAGGUUAGAGUUGCCAAACGUCAGCCUCGAAACCUUAAUGACUUGGAGAAGAUCUGCAAAGAGGAGUGGGACAAAAUCCCUCCUGAGAUGUGUGCAAACCUGGUUUCCAACUACAAGAAAUGUCUGACCUCUGUGAUUGCCAACAAGGGUUUUGCCACCAAGUACUAAGUAAUGUUUUGCAGAGGGGUCAAAUACUUAUUUCCCUCAUUAAAAUGCAAAUCAAUUUAUAACAUUUGUGUUUUUCUGGAUUUUGUUGUUGUUAUUCUGUCUCUCACUGUUCAAAUAAACCUACCAUUAAAAUGAUAGACUGAUCAUUUCUUUGUCAGUGGGCAAACGUACAAAAUCAGCAGGGGAUCAAAUACUUUUUUCCCUCACUGUAUCAUUCUUAAAUGGAAGAAGUUUGGAACCACCAAGACUCUUCCUAGAGCUGGCCGCCCAGCCAGUCUGAGCAAUUGGGGGAGAAGGGCCUUGGGCAGGGAGCUGACCAGGAACCUGAUGGUCACUCUGACAGAGCUUCAGAGUUUCUCUGUGGAGAUGGGAGAUCCUUCCAGAAGGACAACCAUCUCUGCAGCACUCCACAGCCCGCUUGGAGUUUGCCAAAAGGCACCUAAAGGACUCUCAGACCAUGACAAACAAGAUUCUCUGGUCUGAUGAAACCAAGAUUGAACUCAUUGGCCUGAAUGCCAAGCGUCACGUCUGGAGGAAUCCUGGCACCAUCCCUACGGUGAAGCAUGGUGGUGGCAGCAUCAUGCUGUGGGGAUGUUUUUCAGCGGCAGGGACUGGGAGACUAGUCAGGAUCGAGGGAAAGAUGAACGGAGCAAAGUACAGAGAGAUCCUUGAUGAAAACCUGCUCCAGAGCGCUCAGGACCUCAGACUGGGGCGAAGGUUCACUUUCCAACAGGACAACGACCCUAAGCACACAGGCAAGACAACACAGGAGUGGGUUCGGGACAAGUCUCUGAAUGUCCUUGAGUGGCCCAGCCAGAGCCCGGACUUGAACCCGAUCGAACAUCUCUGGAGAGACCUGAAAAUAGUUGUGCAGCGACGCUCCCCAUCCAACCUGACAGAGCUUGAGAGGAUCUGCAGAGAAGAAUGGGAGAAACUCCCCAAAUACAGGUGUGCCAAGCUUGUAGCAUCAUACCCAAGAAGACUCGAGGCUGUAAUCGUUGCCAAAGGUGCUUCAACAACGUACUGAGUAAAGAGUCUGAAUACUUAUGUAAAUGUGAUAUUUCAGUUUUGCAAACAUUUCUAAAAACCUGUUUUUGCUUUGUCAUUAUGGGGUAUUGUGUAUAGAUUGAUUGAGGGGGUUUAAACAUGUAGUAUGUCAGAACAUGGUCAUAUCGCCCAGCCCUACCAUCCAUCCAUCCAUCCAUCCAUCCAUCCAUCGUAACAGGAACUGUCUUGACAUUUUAAACAUACAGUAUGUCAGAACCUGGUGACGCUCUGUGUAAUGCUCAGGUCUGUCUUCCAGGUGUGUCGUGUGCUUUAGUGACUUUGAGUGUAGGCAGCUACUGAGAGUAUUACCCUGCAACCACGAGUUCCACGCUAAGUGUGUCGACAAAUGGUUAAAGGUAAGCUAAUUUCAUCCAUCGUUAACUCUUGGAGUACGUCCCAAAUGGCAUCCUAUGCCCUAUACCUUUUUAAUGCGAUGGUUAACACUUAUUUUUGUUCCUCUGUCUUCCUCCCAGACCAAUCGCACUUGUCCAAUCUGCCGGGCGGACGCGUCAGAGGUGCACCGCGAGGUGGAGUGAGUGACACCCAGGCUUUUGAGAUCUUUGAUUGGAAAGCAGCACAAAACUAAACCCACAGAGUCUGUCUGUCUGUCGUAGCGCCUGCCUCAGCCUGCCUGGGGACGCCUGCCACCUACCCUGCCUGCGUCCUGCGCCCCCCCCCCACCCCCCCACCACUCCUGACCCCUCCACCCCCCCUCACCACUCCUGCUCCACCUCAACAACAAUAAGCAAUCUAAGAUUGUAUGUUUGGAGCCCCUCCCUCGGUCGUACCUCUGCUGUUCUUCUACUGCUGCCUCUGAUGAAAAGCUACAGCCUCAUAGUCCUGUCUGUCUGCCUGUCUGUCUGCCUGUCUGUCUGUCUGUCUGUCUGUCUGCCUGUCUGCCUGUCUGCCUGUCUGUCUGCCUGUCUGUCUGCCUGUCUGCCCGUCUGUCUGCCCGUCUGUCUACCCGUCUGUCUACCCGUCUGUCUGCCCGUCUGUCUGCCCGUCUGUCUGCCCGCCUGUCUGUCUGUCUGUCUGUCUGUCUGUCUGUCUGUCUGCCUGUCUGCCUGUCUGUCUGCCUGUCUGCCUGUCUGCCUGUCUGCCUGUCUGCCUGUCUGCCUGUCUGCCUGUCUGUCUGUCUGUCUGUCUGCCUGGGAUAUCCAUUGAUCCAUCUCCUCGUUCUGCUCCUCUGCCUGCCCCAGUGUGGCAGAUUCCAAAGACGUGACCUACCAUAUGUUGUUGUUGUUGUCGAAGGGCUUUUACGUUUACAAGGUUUUUACUUUUUGUUAUCUUGUGGUUUUGGUUAGUUCUUUGUGACAGAUGGGAGUUGGAGCUGCCUGCAUGGGAGAUGGUGAUGACGGUGGGGGGGGGGGGGCCUGGUGGAGCGGAGAGAGGCGUCACACGUUGUUCAAUCAGCAGACCAAUAAUAGGAAUACUUCAACACGGUUAA